AUGUCUAUGUUCAAUGCUCUCAAUUCAAAUAUUGAAGGUGAACUAUACGAGGCAGAGGAACAUUCGAGAGAACUCCAGAUCGAACAGAGCUUUAAUAUUUUACAAGAUGCUUUGAUUGAUCUAAAGAACAAUGAUUUUAAAAAAUCGGAUAGCAAGUUUCAAGAGCUUUUCCAAAUUGAUGUCAUCAAACCUGAUAAGUGGGGAAUGUAUCGCAAUUCCUCUCCUACGUUAGAUAAUCUCCGAUAUUUAUGUUAUAGAAACAGAGGGAUGUAUUAUCAUUUGUACUUGGAGAAUAAUUAUGAAAAAUUAAACUCACAAGAAUUGGUUAAUUGUAUUUUAAAGGCAGUGGAGAAUUUGGUUGAAUCUAUUCAACACAGCGAUGCUGAUUUUACAGUUACAGAUUUACUGACUCGUAUCUUUAAAGGUUUUAAUAGUGUCAAAUUGGAGCGUUUGAUUUCAGAGUAUGAGUUCACUAAAGAGGAGAAUCUCUCACUUCUACUAGGACGACACCGUAAAUUUCUUUUGAAUGAUGUGACUCUGAUGAUGAAUAAUUACAUAGACCUUACGAAUAAACUUCUAAUCCCCAAUUUAUCAGAUAAGACUAUCUUUGAGAAAUAUCAUUUGGAUAAGUACAAAGAUAUUAAACCUGAGCCGCUGGAUUUUGGACCAAUUCUCUCCAGAAUAUCAGAAAUGAAAAGGCAGGAUGAAGAAAUAAUGAGAAAUUUGGACGUGUUUAAUGUCACAUUGAAUGAAGAAUCGUGGGAUGAAGUUGCAAAGGCUUUGAAGAAUCUGCUACCUAACAUUAAAACAUCGUCCCUUAUCGGUAGAAAUAUGGAUCCAUAUAAUGAAAUCGAAGAACCUAUUGAAGCUGUUAAGUUCGAAUUAUCGGAAUCAAUCAAUAACACACCAUCCUUAGAAAAAGAUUUGGAACGGCAAGAGGACGAGCAAGAAAAGGAGAGUGUACAAUUGGAGGAUAAGGGUGGUAAUAUGGCCCCAUCGGAAACUCAGACCAGUGAAGAACCGAGGCCCAACAAGAGACCUGACGAACAUGUGGAUAGCACGAAGCCUCUUCAAAGAAGUAGUAAGCGCUUCAAGGAGAGGGAACAGGAAAACUCAAAGGAAUAUGUUAUGGACGUUCAUAAGAAAUUUUUUGCUGAGUUCAACACGUUACUAUCGUAUGUUCAUGUUCUACCGUUUUGUGAUUUUGAUACCUUUACCUCCAAAUUCCUCAUAGGCUCGAAUGGCAAACAACCUGAGAUAUUAAUUCCCUAUACAGAUCUCUAUGAAUGUCUGAAAUCUUGGAACAGUAGAUAUACCGAUAUUUUCAACCAAAACGAUUAUUUAUCUAGUGGUUCCAACGAAAAUGAAGAAUUGUUUCAACUAAAUGCACUUUUGAAGUCUAAUGCAUUUGAUGAUAAAGAGAGCUUUCCUAGAUAUUUAAGUGACUUGGAUUCGAAUCACAUCAAAUUGUUUAUUUCGGAAGUUAAUGCAGGCAAUCUUCACUUUCACCAGGUGCGUUUGAAGUUACUAUUUAAACUGCUUGGAACUUAUGAUGUAAGUAAUGAAAGACGUCUCGUCAUAGAUUACGUUUGGGAAUCUCAGCUUCUUAAGAUAGUUCUAUGGUUCGUUUUUGGAAUCGAGUCAAACAUUUUUGCUUUUAUAAGUAAAAAUAAAGAGCAAUGCAAGUAUUUGGCUUUAUCGAUUUACGAACUGCUUGUUAACCAUUUGGGGAACAUUGUGGAAGAAAUCACGAAUAAACGGAUUCAAGGGCACAAGUCAGCAGACUUAAAAAGUCAAAGAAAUAAGGUUGAGAAAAGAAUAAGGUUCUGGCAUACCUUACUAGAGCAGAUUGCAGAGGAAAAAGAUACGAAACUGUAUGUUCACUUUCAAUGGACUCAUUACUGCUUCUUGCAGUAUACCUGUGAUAUAGUUGAUAGUAGGCUCUCUGAAACUUUGACGUCUUUAGAGAGUACUAUAAAGGACUCAGAUUCUUCUUUAGAUAUUGCGUAUCCAAACUAUCGUCAUAUACCGGCAUUAAACCUAAAUACAGUUCAAUCUCAGAAAAGGAAAAUCAGAAUAAUACAAAAUAUAACAGUUGAAGAUAUAGCUGAAGAUACGAACCCUGACAAUCAUUCAGAUAAUCAUCUGGAAACCCUAGAGCGAGUUCUUUUACACAUAUUAUACCCUUCGACUAAUGAGUCAGCUAUUGAUGAGGAGAUGGUUUCUUUCAUUUUCAACUCGCCAUUCCUACUGAAAAUUAGACUCUGGGGUGUUCUUUUUUCAUCAUAUGUUAAAAAGUCCAGCAUACAAGAUGUACAGAGAAUUUAUUUUCACGUGCUUGAUUUCAUGAGGAACGUCUUGACGUCCCCCUUCUACAGCGAAUCAAACUCUCAUGCAAGGCAUCAGAUGUUAUUAACAGUACUGACAGCAAUCGGUUAUUUUUCCAGCCAGUUAAGCAAGAUCUUGAACUUGAAUAUGUGGGAAGAUAGUAAUUUUGUGAUAGAUAAUUGUAUGUUUGAAAAACUGCUGCAAACAUUCUUCUUUUUUUAUACUGUCCUUUUCUAUGAAAGUUCUGCAGUCAACGACAGUUCUAAUAGGUCGUUUUUCAAAAGAGCAUCGAAAUCUUCAGGAAAAAUGAAAGACAUAAUAAUAGAUCUCGCGACAUUAAUACUCUAUUAUUAUAAUAUUCAAGCAAGGCGCAACACGCCUGCCGAACAAGGUAUUGAAACUACGGAAGUAAUUUGGUCACUACAUACUCUUUUUGGAUAUUUCCAUUUCUGUGAUGCAUCAAAUGGAAAAUUUUUGGAUUUAUCUGAGAAACUGUUGUGCCUAUUCAUUAACAACGAUUCGUUUUUACAAUUGAAACAGAUACUAUGGUGCAGAUAUCAUUACACAAUAGCCAGUGAUAACUUUAGCCCAGAUUUGCAUGAAACAAAAGCGGUAGAGAUGGAAAAGAUACAUUCUUUACCUCUAGGAACAUAUUUGAUCAAACUGCAGUAUCAAAACAAAAAUCCUUACCUUUCAUCGUCAAAGACUACCCUAAAGCAAAUUAUGGAUAAUAUCAUAGAAAAAAUUGGUGAUCCAUCAACUAUGGAUAACCACAUCAUAUCUAGAAACUCAUUUCUAUUGAAUGAAUAUCUAUCAAAGCCAAUAACGGCAGAUCUAUUGAAGAAUACGUUUUCUGGUGUCACUAGUUUAUAUUUAACUACUCCGCGUGACGAGUUGCAGCAAGGCAUGACAGCUGGUCUGUUCUAUGUAUCCAGCUUGCAGUCCUUGGGAUUAUACAAAAUGAGGAAAAAGUCUAUGCAGGCAAGACCAUCUGAACUGGAUUCCAUUAUCAGAAUGUUAAAAAAUGACAUUAUAUAUAACACAAACCGUUUCGAAAGCUGGAUAUUGCUCGGAAAGUGCUACACCUACAUAGUUGAAGACGAUUUAAUAUGGACAUCGGAUAAAAUCACAGUUCCCGAGAAAAAAGAAGUUAUUGCUCUGACACAACGAAAGGCAAUUUUAUGCUAUUCAAUGGCCAUUUCUAUUUAUUAUAGUAGGUCGGAUCGAACCAUGGAUGAUAAGAAGAUUUUACUAGAGGCUUUGGAUGACUUAGGAUCUAUGCUGAUUAGCGGCUACUACAAUCCUAUGAAUAAACUCUGUUUCAAAUGGAAAAGCUGCGCAGAAAAUACGAUGAGAUUGUCUGAGACUGGGGACGUAGUAAUGGAGAAAACAAUGAAAAUCACUACAAUCUCGGACUUCAACAUUGAACAGAGCAUAUUUUUGUGUUUUAACAGGGCUUGUUCUUUAUCGAGCGAUAUCAAGUUACAGGAUGGUGCUUUUAUGUUGAACUGGUUUAGCUUUUAUAGUCUGGCAAAGUUCUUUUUCAAAACAGACGGAGGGAAUAAUUGCAAAUUAGUUGCUAGCUAUAUUACACAAAGUUGUGAAUUAGCACAUGAAUCAUCGCCUGCUAAAGACCCAAUUAUAGAGCCACAUUAUCUAUUAGUUAAUGCCUGUUACAAGUGGGUAAAAAAAGGCUCUUUGAAUAUUAAUGCAGCUCUUGCCUUGCUGUCUAAGGAUAGCCAAUUUUUCCAGGAACAAGAGGGAUUUUGGGUUAACGACGAAGGACUGGCAUGGGACUACCAAGAAAAAGUUUUUUUUGAUAAGAUUAUGAGAUUGCUUCACUUUUUGUUAUCUGUUGAUAAAAAGAAAUGGCAGCACAGACCUCGUUACAGAAUAGCACGGAUAUUGUUUGAUGACUUUGGUAAUGUGGAUGGCGCUUUGAAAGAGAUGGAUAGCCUAAUAUCCGCAAAAAGCAUCAAUAAAAACCUGGUUAAUAUAUGGAAACCAGAUUUCGAGAGGCCAGGGAAACAUUUUAUCUAUACAUAUCAGUAUUUGAUUUUGUAUUUGGACUUGCUUUUCGCAAUAAAAGACUUCAAUACAACUGGUCUCGUUAUAAAGAAACUAAGGCGUUUCAGUUCUGGAACUGUGAACAUAAAUGAACUUUUAGAACGUGCCAUUAACGUGUAUACGCAAAGUGCCAAAAUUAAAUUGCAAUUACAGAAUAAGAGCUAUGUGGAGCAGAUACUUCCCACACUUAACUACCAAAAUUUCCUGAAAAUAAGUGAACAAUUAAACCAGGUUUUUGACCAAGAUAAGUAUCCCGAAGAAAUAUCUUCUGGGCUAAAACUCGCAUUCCAGCUGAAGAAGGGACACAGUGGAAUUGCCUUCGACAGUGUCUGUCUUGGAAUUUACUUCGAGUAUCUCUACUAUCCUCUAGCUCAACGGCAUCAAUCCUUCGUAACAGAGAACAACGAGAGUAGCCCGGUACCACCAUCAUCUGGUUCUGUGACAUCAAAGAGCACUCCAGACUCCAACUCUAAGCCAAGUGCAGUAAAGAAACGUGUUACCAAGAAGGAAGUUUUUGAUAGAAUAAGACUAUUAGUAGACAAGAUCACGUGA